AUGUCAAAUUUAUGUUUACAGGUUAUAUAUUGUAUAAAUGGCUGUCAUAAAAAGUUUUACAUUUAAAAAUGUCUAAUUCAGAAAGCAGAAUAAACGAUUUAUUGGGCCGUUUACGAACUGAAAAUUCAAGCAGUAGUGUACCACUUCACGUUUUAAAUGGACCUGAACAAAAUGGCCAGCGUCGACCCAAUCGCCCAAAUUUAAAUUUGAAUUCAUUAACUAAUCCUGGUAGUCCCAACAUGAAAAGGCCAAAUAACCUCCCCUUCUCACCUAAGCGUAAUGACCACCAAGAGACUGAUAAAAAACUUAGAGAAAUUAUGAAAAUUAGUGGUAACUUAAAAAUAAAUGGUGUUAAUUAUAUGACUGAUAUUAAAGACAUGGAACAUAUAGAAGAAUUAGGUAAUGGAACUUGUGGUCAUGUAGUAAAAAUGAAACAUACAGCAAGUUCAGAAGUUAUUGCUGUAAAACAAAUGAGGCGUUCUGGUAAUUCAGAAGAAAAUAAGAGAAUUAUAAUGGAUAUUGAAGUGGUUAUUAAAUCUCAUGAUUGUCCCUUCAUUGUCCAAUGUUUAGGUUGUUUUAUAACAGAAGCAGAAGUGUGGAUAUGUAUGGAGUUAAUGGCCACAUGUUUUGACAAACUUUUAAAAAGACUUAAACAACCAAUUCCUGAACCAGUAAUAGGAAAAGUGACUGUAUCAACUGUAAAAGCUCUAUCAUACUUAAAAGAAAAGCACGGGGUCAUUCAUAGAGAUGUAAAGCCUUCGAAUAUUUUACUUGAUGAACGUGGAAAUAUAAAACUGUGCGACUUUGGAAUUAGUGGACGUCUUGUUGAUUCAAUGGUGAAAUCUAGAAGUGCAGGCUGCACAGCAUAUAUGGCACCUGAAAGAAUAGAACCUGCUGAUCCCAAUAAUCCCGACUACGACAUACGAGCAGAUGUAUGGUCUUUGGGAAUAACAUUAAUGGAAUUAGCAACUGGUAUGUUUCCAUACCAAGAUUGCAAGACUGACUUUGAAGUUCUUAGCAAAGUUAUUGUACAAGAUCCCCCCACUCUCCCAGAAGAUAAAGACUUCACACCAGAAUUUCGACAAUUUGUUUCUUUAUGUUUAAAGAAAGAUCCUAAACAAAGACCCAAAUAUGACAAAUUACAAAACGAAAACUUUUUGAAAAAAUACGAAAUAAUUGAAGUGAAUGUUGCAGAAUGGUUUGCUAAAGCAAUGCAGCAGGCAGAUCUUUUAGCUACAAAAAAAGCUGCACCUAGACAAGCACCUCCACCGAUUGUAACUAGUAGAAGACAGUUCCUAAAACCGAUUCAGGAUCAAAACCCAAGUCCUCAAACUCAGGUUUCUUCUCUAACGAACGGUACAACCCCGUCGUCUUCACCUCUACUUCAACGAAACGAAACAAGUGCUCAUCCUUUUAUCUCAUUAGAAUCUAAAUUUAAGGAAUCUUAUAAUUCGCUGACUAUUUCGCGUCCACCCGACGGUCGUUCUAUACACAAUUCAAGACUAACCACAUUCCAAAAUCCGAACGCAAACGUCGCACACCAAAGAGAUACGCUUCUAAACAGUACUCACCAAAGGACAACCGAAAGAAACUAUUCCCCUUAUAGAAACUUUUACACCCCAUCAAGCCACGAUCGUCUUAGCAAUAUCCCUGACCGUGACAGAUAUCCCUCGCCCACUCCCCAAAGAAGCCAAUAUCCUUCUCCAACCCUUCAAAGAAGCCAAUACCCGUCACCUCCUACCCAAAGAAGUCAAUACGCUUCCCCCCUCUCCCAACGUACCCAAAUUCCCGAUGUUGUUUCAUCUCCUUACACUUCGCCUUAUUUUCCUCGUCGAACAUUGAGCGAAAGUAGAUGGGAGUCACCAGGGGGAUCUCCCCUACUCGCUCGAAACCAAAUACAGACCAGUCAAGAACAACUCUGCGGCAACACGAGCCCGAUUCUCAUCCAGCGAUUUCAUCAUCAACAGAAACAGCAAGAAAAGGCUAGAGAGGCGGAAGAAGCAGCUAAAGAGGACCCUAGUAAGAUAUAUAGGCCGUUUUUCGUCCACUAUUCCCCUUAUAGAAACUUUUACACCCCAUCAAGCCACGAUCGUCUUAGCAAUAUCCCUGACCGUGACAGAUAUCCCUCGCCCACUCCCCAAAGAAGCCAAUAUCCUUCUCCAACCCUUCAAAGAAGCCAAUACCCGUCACCUCCUACCCAAAGAAGUCAAUACGCUUCCCCCCUCUCCCAACGUACCCAAAUUCCCGAUGUUGUUUCAUCUCCUUACACUUCGCCUUAUUUUCCUCGUCGAACAUUGAGCGAAAGUAGAUGGGAGUCACCAGGGGGAUCUCCCCUACUCGCUCGAAACCAAAUACAGACCAGUCAAGAACAACUCUGCGGCAACACGAGCCCGAUUCUCAUCCAGCGAUUUCAUCAUCAACAGAAACAGCAAGAAAAGGCUAGAGAGGCGGAAGAAGCAGCUAAAGAGGACCCUAGUCGAAGAAAGUAUGCUUCUUUCAUAAAAUUAAAUUUGAGUGGGGAUAGAAGUGGAUGGUCCUCUCGACACCAAAGUCCGGAACCUCCUCCAAGACUUAAUAGAACAAUCAGCGGGGACAAUCAGAGCCCUUUGGCAGCACGAAGAACUUAUUUAGACAACAGCAACUCACCUGGAUUAUCACGAAGAUACAUUUCCCCAACACCACCUGUACCACCGCCGAGAAGAUUAUCAGAAAGUACAAGUGUACCAGGUUCACCUCAGCAUCUCCGCACUCAGUUUCAUUACACACCAGAACCUCAAAGGAGAUACUAUCAGAACAGUGAUAUAUCCUCAUAACAUUCGCGCUUUCAUUAUAGCUUUGUAAGUACUUACAAUAAAUUGCUUACAGAUUAAGAAGAAAAUAAAUACUAAAAUGUAAAACCUAACGUAUAACAGCUUCAGGAUGUGUGCAAAACAAUUCUGGAUGGUUUAUUUUCAAUUUUCAAUUAAUAAAAACACAAAUCGUUCAGAAUUGGUAGAUUUGCACGAUUGACUCAGGUUUUUAGUUAUCGAAAUUGUUUGUGCUUUUGCAAAGAUACAUGGUGUUUCAAUUGUCAUUUCUUCUGAAAUUAAUCAUUAGUGCUAAUAAUAUUCACUACCUAUA